AUGUUGAAAACGAAGUUGCGCCCGCGUUUCAUCGGACCUUUCAAGGUUGUGGCCAAGAAGGGCCUUGCGUACACGCUCAAUCUUCUGAAGAAGAUGCUGACGCACCCCGUCUUCUACGUGGGGUUGCUCAAGCCGCACCAGGACCCGAUGAAGGCGCAGAUGGAGGCACCGAGUGUGGUGUGGUAA